AUGGACACUAUUAAGGACGCCGCCAACUACGUUUCGGAGUCCAUCCAGGGCGCCGGGGCCGAGGCCUCGAAGGAGGCCAACAAGGAGGUUGCGAAGAAUGACGAAGCCAAGCUGAGCACUCGCGCCAGUGCUGCCAAGGAUGCGAUCGUUGAUAAGAAGGACGAGAAAUCUCAUGAUACCAAGGCCGAUGUUUACAAGGGUAGGUCAUAG